GUUAGCUGCAUAAAUUUAUUUUACCGCCUUCAGUUUACAGCAGGUGAAAAAUCGUGUUGUGUGCCGUGUUGCAGGUUGGCGAGGGACCACUUUGCGAGAGUGAAGAAGAGCAAGCCUAUCCUCGUUCUUCUUUUUCGGGGUCAUUUCGUUUUUUCUUGUUUGGAAGUACGUGAACUCUAAAGGUCAAGCAGACCUUGCCAGAGACACAUGCCGGAGAAGGAGAAGGAAUAUUCCUUUUUAUACCCCAACAAAGUUACAACUAUAAAAAUAUCAUAGCUUGCCUGCUGUUCUAUCUUUUGAAUUAGGAACAUCGUCCACAGAAGGGUUCAAACAGCAGGACUUUGACGUGACCUGGAUUCUUAUCAACUGUGAAGUGGAUUGUUUAUUUGGAGUAGACGUGCUUAUUAUCUUAGGACCACAUAGCUUCCUGGAAACGCAUGUUUUUAGUUUGAGGUUCCCGAAAAAGGGGGUGUAUUCGAGUGAAGAUUAUAGAUGCUCCAUUAUAUUAUACCCAAGCGUGCAGUUUGUCUUCAUUUGAUGUGAAAUACUCAGACGAGGAUCUAGAAGCUACAGUGGAAUUUUUGAAUUGGUUAUCUCUUCUCGCAUCUAUACAAGGAGUUAUUUACUGUUACCAUUAAUUGUGUUUAGCAUACUCUUGAUCUUCAACUUUUAAAACGUAUCGGUGAAUUUCUUUGCUACGAAAAGUGACGCCAUCGUGUGGUUUUUUUUAGUUGACUUGUAAGACGAAGUAAACAACACAAUUCACCAGCAUGGAGAAUCUGUCCAAACUCCGGAGUCCCAGAAGCCUUCUGGCCGGGCCUGACAAGAGCGUCCGCUGUACGGUCAUCGGAGACGGGAUGGUGGGAAAGACGUGCCUAGCCACAUCUUUUGCCAGGCGUCAGUUUGUCGAGGAUUACACAGCGACCAUCUAUGACGUGUAUUGUGUUCCUUUCUGCGUUGGAAACGACCGCUAUAUCAUAAACAUCAGCGACACCGCGGGGCAGACCGAUUUCGACGAUGUCCGAUCCCAUGUGUACCAAGAUACAGAGGUACUGCUGCUGUGUUUCUCCGUGCGAGAUCGUGAGUCUUUCUCCAGCGUCAUAGACUCUUGGUACCCGGAAGUCCGGCGUCUGGCGAGGCGUAAGUGUCCCGUCGUCCUCGUCGGUACUCAAACAGACAUGCGCGGAAAGGUACCGGAAACGGAAACUGUGACGCCUGCAGAAGCUCACAGACUGGCUAAAAAGAUUGGUGCUCGUUUGUAUGUGGAGUGCUCUUCGAAAGAACGACAUGGGCUGCACAGUGUGUUUCGGAAUGUGCUGGAAAUCGCUCUCAGACGCAGGAAGAGGAAGAACACGAUGCUUAGAAGAUUUUUUAGGCGGUCAACAGCUCCGUUUUGAAGCAUCAAAUACGGAACACUGAAAAUACACAUAUAAACACAAAACUACGGCGGCAACUCAUGUUUGCGCCGAACCGCACGUCAUGAUGUUCCUCACAUGGACACCUCGUAGAAGAAAUUCAGAUACUGGAGACUUCUUCCUGCUUCAGAACUUUGACAGAGGGAGAUGCUUUGAAGCCCUCAGUACAUAUGCAGUAUUACGCAACAGCUAUUUUAGCCCUCAUUUCCAGCCUCUGUGUAUAGUUCUGUGAGAACAUGGUCACUGGAUGCGCCCUUUACUGUAUGUUUUUCUUCUGAAAAACUUUAUUCUGGUUACAAACUGCUAUCGUUUCCAAGUUAUCUUCUCUCUGUUCGUUUUACUUUAUGGGUGUCUGAUCUCACUCAAUAUAUUGGGUUAGCGCCCCUGUCAGCACUAUAUUUAAGAUCCAAGACCUGAGAAUAUAACAACUUUCUUCGAUAGCCAAAUACGUGGAGAGCCUUAAAGACUCUCCAAAACAACUCCAGUUCAGAACGCCCUGUUAUCGAUUCGAUCCACGACCAUUCGCGCUAUAGUUGAGCACGGUAUCAUCUGAGUUAGCGGUGCGCCCUGUGUGUGUCUGCACUAUCUUCUGAUAUUCCUUAUUCUUUUCCUCUACUCAUGCUGCCAAGUUGUGAGUUAAACAACGACACUUAUGUGCCCGUAAGUGAAGG